AUGGACUCUCCCGUCCAAGCCCGUGACACGGUCAGCAACAAGCAAACGAAGACUGCAUUGACCCGUUCGUCAUCUCGACGUGGCAGUAGGCGCUUCUCUAUUGGUUCCACUACCGACAAAAUGAUGCACAAACAAGAGAGCUUCGGCGACAAGGACCUACUGACUCAGGGCGACUCGGAUCAUUUCCGGAACAGUCUAGUUGGGUUUGCGUGCAAGAAAGGACUCAAGCCCGUCAGUCCCAACCAAGACUCUUUCUUGGUGAUUCGCGUUGAAGGCGACGUAUCGAUUUACGGUGUGUUUGAUGGUCACGGCAAGAAGGGUCAUGACGUGAGCAACUUCGUCAAGGAGCAUCUCCCCAAGCAUCUCGUUGCCCAUCCUUCCUUUCGAUCUGAGCCUUGCUCUGCCCUUCGCGAUGCAUUUCUGGCCACUCAGCAGAUGCUAGAAAAGACUACUCGUGACGGCACCUUAGAUGCAGCUGUAUCGGGGACCACAUGCACUGUGGUACUCCACUUUGAGAAGGAUGAGGGCUCCCCAACUGGCAGUCAGUGUCUUUAUGUUGCUCAUGUUGGGGACAGUCGUUGUGUGUUGGCCCAGAGGAACCCGACUAACGGAGGCCUCGUUGCUGUUGAUCUCACUCAAGAUCAUAAGCCAGAUCUUCCCCUGGAGCGAGCUCGCAUCAUUGCACGUGGUGGGGCGGUCCAUAAACGUCCUCAUGACGUGAGCCAUCGAGUUUACGUGCAAGGCAAGCCUUAUCCAGGAUUAGCUAUGUCUCGAGCCCUUGGGGACCUCAUUGGGUACUAUGAUGCUGGGGUAUCGGCUGAGCCCGAAACCUCCCGUCGGGAGCUGCGGAACGAAGAGCAAGGUGGGUCAUCAUCUGGUGGAGGAAGCACCCCGUUCGUGAGCCCAGCCAGUGAGGCCUCUCGUCUGCUACCGCCAACGACUCUCCGACUGAGCGGCAGCAGCAGCAGCAGCAGUGGGCGUCGGAGUUCUGACAUACUGAGCCCUCAAGUCGACGUUGAUAUGAAGCUUGUUAACCGAAAUAUUGACAAAUUCUUGGUGCUGUGCUCGGAUGGGGUAUGGGAAUUCAUCUCGUCCCAAGAGGCAGUCGACUUUGUAUCUCAGUACACACCGCAGCACUCAAUGGAAGCCGCACACGAUCUUGCUAAGGAAAGCUGGAGACGUUGGAUUCAUGAAGAAGACGGUACCGUAGUAGAUGAUAUCACGAGUGUGGUUAUUCAUCUUUAAAUGUGUUCAAACUACUGUACCAUACCUCUUCCCAAUGUACUGUUAGAUGCAGCAUUCGUUUUGUAAAACCUUCAACAACA